UUGGACGUUCUCUUUUACUUCUGCCCCUUUUAUUUUAAUAAAAAACACAGAAGAUCCGCUUCCUCAACAAUCAGUGACAAACACAUCUAAAUCCCACCAGAUUUAUGACUCUCUCUCUCUCACUAUUUCUGCUUCACUCUCAAAUGUCUCUCUGGUCGGGUUCUAUUCUUCACCUAACUCUGCUGUUUUCCCUCGUAAACUUCUCACCCAACAAUGCUUUUGGAGAGAAGAUAUCAAAGUUGAAUCAGUUCAUACCAAGUGAGCAAUCAAACGGGUGCAAUCUCUUCCAAGGAAGCUGGGUUUUUUAUGAUCAAUACCCAAUCUAUGAUGGGUCGAAUUGCCCCUUUGUCAAUCCAGGAUUAAACUGCCAGAAGAAUGGUAGACCUGAUAAGUUGUAUCUCAAAUACAGAUGGAAACCUGAUAAUUGUGAGCUUUCAAGUUUUGAUGGGCAGGAUUUCCUAGAGAGAUUUGGAGGAAAAAAAAUCAUGUUUGUGGGGGACUCUCUGAGCUCCAACCAGUGGCAGUCACUCUCAUGCAUGCUUCAAAGCUCAGUCCCAAACUCUAAUUACACCGUAGUCCAAAAAGGGCUGCUCUUGACACUAUCCUUUCAAGAUUAUGGAGUUGAUGUUACUUUUUUGAAAAAUGGGUUCCUGGUGGACCUGGUGGUUGAAAAAGAAGGUAGAGUUCUAAAGCUGGACUCCAUAAGCAGAGCAGAGCAGUGGAAAGGAGUUGACAUAUUGAUCUUCAACAGCUAUCACUGGUGGAUACACACAGGAAGCAUUCAGACAUGGGACUACUUUCAAGUGGGUGACAAGAUGUCCAAAGAAAUGGAUCGCAUGGAAGCAUACAGGAUAGCUUUAACAACUUGGGCUAAUUGGGUUGAUUCCAACAUUGAUCCUAUGAAGACUAGAGUGUUUUUCCAAGGAAUUUCUGCCACACAUUACCAUGGCAGGGAAUGGAAUGAACCAGCAGCUAAAGAUUGCAGUGGACAAACAAAACCAGUUGAGGGAUCAGAUUAUCCAGGUGAGAGAUAUCCAGGAGAAGCUGUUGUGAAGAGUGUACUGAGUAACAUGACAAAGCCUGUGUAUUUGCUUGACAUCACAUUCCUCACUCAAUUGAGAAAAGAUGGACACCCUUCCAAAUAUGCCAAUGGUGGCUUGGACUGCAGUCAUUGGUGUCUUGCUGGUGUCCCGGAUACUUGGAACCUACUCCUAUACUCAGUUUUGCUUGAGAAAGAAAACAGAUAAAUGUGCAUUUUUGCGUUAAGUUUUCAGCAACUCAACUCAAAAAAAUCUCGUUCUAAUGUUUUUGGAAUCAACUAUAUGGACCAUGUUUCAUUAUUGUGUUCUAUUUUAAGCAAGUAACAUCAAAUUAUAGUACUUUGAUCAAGAGUUUUUUUGAAGAUUGGUUUAGUUUGAGAUUAAUGUUAAAUGACCUCUAUUCAACAAGCCU